CCCUGCAAUUUUGACAAUGAAAUUAUAGGUCUUUUUGAAUUUGAUUCGUACCGUAGUAUUAAUUUUUCGGGUAUAAAACCGUAAAUAAUUUUCUGGUCACGAUUUUGCUUCUGGUCUUGGGCGACGAUAUAUACAGGAUAACUUGUGACAGUGUAGUGUCAUUUGAAAUGCAUAAUUUUACAGUGUUAUGUUUAGUGUUGUCUGUAUUAUGUUUGGAUACGGCGUUUGGGAUGACUCGAGAACAGCUUAAAAAAACACUGUCGAUGACUAAGAAACAAUGCAUGCCGAAAACCGGAGUAACAGAAGAGAAAGUGGGCAGAAUAGAACAAGGUGUUUUCUACGAAGAAAAAAACGUAAUGUGCUACGUCGCUUGUAUCUACAAGUCUAUUCAAGUGGUAAAGAACGAGAAAUUAAAUAAAGAAAUGGUGGCAAAACAAAUUGAUAUUCUCUACCCUCCGGACAUGAAGGCAGCCGUGAAAAAGUCUGUGGCUAAAUGUAUCGACGUUCAGAACAAUUACAACACGGAGUGCGAGCGAGUGUUUUACGCUGUUAAGUGUUUGUACGAAGACAAUCCACCUAAUUUCAUUUUCCCUUAAAUCGCCCGAUGUUGUUGCGAACUCUGUUGUAUUUAAACGAUUUUGUAUUAAAAAGUUUG